AAUUAUCUCCACGCGACUGAUCGCAGCGCCAUUCCCCUCCACUGCGCCGCGUAGGCGAACGAGAAGUGACAUCGUUUGUAUGAGUGACUAUCACGAAUUUUCGUCUUGCGCUCCGGGAGAAUGGAAAAAGCGGAAAAAAGUGGAUUAUUUGAUGGUCUCACCGCAGGAUAUUAUUGCACAGGGAAAGUGUCUCUGUUUGCAGUACAUCCGUUUCCGACUCAAGCGAUCCGGAGCCCUCAAUCGGAAGGUCAUCCAGCGCCUGAGAACCAUCACCAUCGACUCUCCGGCCACAAACUCCGUCAUCCGAGAUGUGUUCCCCAUCAUGAACGGGCUCGGCGAGGAGCUGGAGAGGAUGCAUCCGCGCGUAUACAGCAACGUAGGGCGCCAGCUGUCACGCGCCUGGGGUGAUUUGCCAGAGGCUGAGACGCUUUCCGUCCUCCUGGCCGAGGUGGCCAAGGAGUUAUUCCGUGGCGGCGCCUCCUGGGCGCGUGUCAUCUCCUUCUGCGCCGUGUUGGGCGGUGUAGCGUUGGACUGCGUGCGUCUGGGCCGCUCAGAAGCCCUGCCCAGGCUCGUGGAGGUCUUCGGUCACGUCGUGGAAGAGGAUUUGAUGGCUUGGCUGGAGGCCAAGGGCGGCUGGAAGGGUCUCCAGGCCGUCCGAGCCACCGGCACGGAGUGCACAGUGAUGGGCUGGCUAUCCAUCAGCGUGGCCCUGCUUAGCGUCAUUUACCUGGCCACGUGCGUCCUGGACUCCGUGCGGAAGCUCAUCUUCUGACGCGCAUUAAGUGGGCGCCUUCUUGGGCACUGUUUUCAUGGUAGGUUUUUAGCUCAAAUUCACUCAGGACAGAUUCUUGGGUAGUGAAAUUUAUGCAGACAUGUUUUUCUCUAGCUGAAAAAGUGCAAUAUUUUUACAAUUUAGUGUUAUAAGUUUGUCUAUUAUGAAUGGUGA